GGUCAUUCUUCACAGAUUACUGGUCUAAAAAGAGAAGCACUGUAUAGCUCGAAGGACACAAGACACGCCAUCUUUUACUACAAUGGGAAUAGAGUCAAUCGUUGUAUGUGUUGACAACAGUGAGUGGAUGAGGAAUGGAGACUUUAUCCCGACACGACUUCAUGCCCAGCAAGACGCUGUGAAUGUUGUCGCUCGUUUUAAAACUAAAGAAAACGUUGAAACGUCAAUUGGCCUUCUCACCUUCAGCGACUCGGACGUCCGUGUCCCCUUGACGACAGAUUACAAUAAGAUUGCAAAGAGUCUUCAACAAGUUGAGCCGAAAGGAAAUUUGAAAUUCAUAACCGGAAUAAGGAUAGCUCACUUGGUUUUGAAGCAUAGAUUGAAUCGCAAUCAUAAGACGAGGAUCAUAGCUUUUGUGGCUAGUCCUGUACUUGACGAUAGGAAGGAAAUGGAGCGACUGGCCAAGAGGCUGAAGAAGGAGAAGAUUCGUGUUGAUAUUGUCAGUUUUGGUGAAGAUGAAGUUAACGUUGAUAAACUCACCCACUUCAUUGACACUUUGAACGGAUCAAGCGCUGAUCAGAAAGAAUCGCAAAAAUGUCACCUGGUUCAAGCCCGACCUGGCCCAAUGCUCUCCGAUAUAUUAAUACAAUCUCCUAUAAUGAUGGGAGAAGAUGGAGUCCCCAUUGGUAUGGCCACAGGUGGUGCUGGGUUUGAUUUCUCUAUGGAUCCAAUGGCUGCCGAUGAUCCUGAACUAGCGAUGGCUCUGAGGGUAUCGUUAGAGGAGCAGAGACAGAGACAAGACUCUGAGACCCUUCGUGUUCAAAGAGAAUCAUUGGAACAAAUGCAAACUGAUUCUGGAGGGGGUGUGGGUGAAGGUGGGGUUUUAGCACAGGCUGGGAGAUCUGAUCUACCAGUAAAUGAGGGCGUCACUGGACUUGGUACUAUCCCGGAUAUAUCUGAAAUGACAGAAGAGGAGCAGUUGGCUAUGGCACUACAGAUGUCAAUGGCAGCCCCCGAAGAAACUGAAAUGGAAACAGAGAGCUCAGGACCCAGUGGGUCGGCCCCCAAAUCCGGAACUGAAGAUGCUUCAAAAUCUGAAGGCCCCCAGUCAGAAGAUGCAGAUAUGCAAGACUUAAUGCAAAAUAAAGAAUUCCUACAGUCAGUUCUGAGCUCACUCCCUGGUGUUAAUCCUGAGGAGGCUAUGCAGAAUUUACAAGAAAUGAGUGAAGUAGCUGCUGAACAGGCAGAAGAAGCAAAGAAAGAGAAAGACAAAGAUAAGUCAUCAUAACUUUAUAAUCACAAGAGAAGGAUAUGUUCUUCAGUUAUGGUUACAGCAACUUUUAGUUGUAGAAUUACUGUUAAUUAAUUUUAAUAAUAA